CUCUAGUCUUGAAACUCUAUGGACUUUUUUGGAGUUUUCUUUUUUAGUAAAAUUCGUGGGUCCUUAAACUGGUACAUGUUAAACUGGUCAGUAAGUUGCUAACAAUACUUUCGUUUUGAGCAUCUUCGCAAGCAAAAAAAAUAGAAAAAAAGUUUUUUUUGUUAAAUCUAAAUUAAAAGUUACUUUUCGCGCUUAUCUGAUAUAACUUUUCGCAUUGUGUUAUUUCCGGCAGUUGCCAAAAAUAAAAUGUUUAAAUAUUUAUGAAAAAAAUGUAUUGAAGAGAGCAGAGAUUCACUUGAGUGUUUUGCGUAUUUUCCCGGUUAAAGCAGAUGCAUAGAAGAAAUAAGAGAUGAAAAUACAGAAAAGGACAUACAUUAAAUGAUAUUGACUCGUCUAUAUAGCGAGUAGUACUUUUGAAAGAUUUUCAAUGAAUCGUACCAGCUAAUAUCGACGAGUUUGAAUUUUUGACAGUCACCGGUACAAACGCAAUCGGUCACAACCGAUAUAAAGAUACGUCCAUUGAGGAAUCGGAUGCAUUCGUUUGACACCGGUCAAGGUUUGAAUGCGUGAAGGUGCGGGGUUUCCGCACAGACAGAAACCAUGGACCAACCCCAUCUCUACUCCAAGUACAAGGAGAUGCAGACGCUGGACAACAUCCACGUGGUGAAAACCUACUUGAACCUGAUCAGAUGGGACGGGGGUGACACGGAGAGUGUUCUGGAUGUGGGAUGCGGGGAGGGGUACACCACUUUGCAAGUCCUAUUGCCCCAGCUGCCGGAAAAUUGCCGAAAGGUGGUGGGGAGUGAUAUAAGCAAUAAAAUGGUGGAGUUUGCGAGGAAAGCCAGUGCGGGAAACCCCAGGGUGAAGUUUCGUCAGAUGGACAUUGGAAAGGAAAUAAAAUGGAACGUUACCGAAAAAUUUGAUCACGUUUUUUCUUUUUACUGUUUGCAUUGGGUUCCGGCACAAAGGAAAGCUUUUGAAAAUAUUUUCAACCUACUAAAACCCGGUGGUGAUAUGCUAGUCAGCCUACUAAUAACAGCGCCUAUCUUUCAAGUUUACGAAAAUAUAUCUAAAAACAUAAGAUGGGCUCCAUAUUUUAUAAAAGAAUCUGUGUCGCCCUAUCACCACAGCAAAAAAGCCGACGAAGAAGUCAAAACAAUACUGCAAGAUGUUGGUUUUGAGAGUUGUAAAUGUAUAGUCGAAGAUAAACAGUAUACUUUCAGUAACUGGAAUGUUCUUAAACAUUCAAUCAUUGCUGUAAAUCCUACAAUUCCAUUACUAUCGUCCACCGACAGAAUAAAAUAUACAGAGGAUUUUAUAGAAGAGGUGAAAAACAUAUAUGGAUACGACCUAACUGUAGCAAGCAACAAUAACAACGGUAUACCAGUCAAUUACAAACUUCUGAUAGUCUAUGCUAGAAAACCCAAAAAUAUGAAGUCCUAAAUCUACUAGCGUAGUCAGUCUACCCAGUGAAAAAAAUAUGACAAUGACAGCUAGAUAUUUUACUUUAAAAGUGUAUUAUUUUAUAGGCUUUCUAAAUUAUAUAAUAUGUAUUCUUUCGUGAGACAGACUAUACUAAUAAUUUAUGUAAAAAUCAAGGUGCUUAAUAUAUUUUAAAUUAAAUUAUUGAAAUUUUCUAGAUUACUUAGUAGAAAUAAGAUGUGAUUUGCUUAGAUUAUAUUUAGCUUAGAUAUACUAUCUUCCUUGCAGUAGUAUACAUGAAAGUUUAUAAAAUAGUUCAUUUUUUUACACAUAUUUUCCUACAAACCAAAAGACCGGCAACAUUGUACGCCGCUUUUUAUUUUGUCUCUCUGUCUGUCAACCGGUCAUUUAGAUCUGUUUAGAUUUGUCUCUGUCGCACGCAUUAAAAUACAGAACAACCAGAUAGAAUAGUAUGUAUGAAUAAUAAAAAUGUCAAUUUUUAAAAUUGUAAUGCCUGUAGAUACCGUAUGAUCGAAAAAAAAAAUGGCGUCCA